AAGAAGAAGAAGAACAUAAAUUUUUGUUUUAGUAAAGUUUAUAAUUUUAGGCUUGUAGUGCUACGAUCGUAUGCACAACAUCUAUGAUCAAAAAUGACAAAGCACAGAAGUGGCUUGUCAGGUUCUAGAUAUCUUUGCCUUCUUGUCUUCACUUUGUUUACUUGUGUUGUGUCCAUGUCCACUACUCGCAAACGCAUCGCAAUCAUGGAUGGUAUAGGUAACCAAAGUGAUACUGCGACAAAUUCAAAUGCUGACGAAGUCGUUAAUAAUGAAGAUAGAAUUUUUCCGUUUACUUACCUUGAUAAAUAUUUUGAAUUAUCUGGGAAGCAGAGCAAAGAGAAUAUGUCUGUGAAGUGUAAGUUAUGUUUGGGAAAUAAAUUACUCAGAUCAGCAUGGAGCACUGCUUCAAAUUUAAGGAAACACAUCACGGUAAGCAAACUAGAUAAUGAAUUUUAUUAAUGAUAUGUAUUAACACUGUUUUUUACAACAUUUACUGACAUUAGCUACUGUAUUUCCACAAUUGUAAGUCACCCUGCAUUAUAAUCCGCAACCCAAUUUUUAAGCCCAUUUAAAGGGGAAAUACAUUUUUAACCUUCGCCUUCGUCUAUAAUUGUUUAUUUAAUUAUUUGUGGUCAACGGGAGGCCAUUUGUACACGCACGUGGUAUUUUAUUCUUGAGACGUUUUUCGAGGUUAUCUCUGGCGCCACGCUAGCACAACCAUCUGGCAGAGCAAUGUCAUUUAUAUACAAAAUGUAGCGCACACCCACGUACGCCGCGUCACAGAAAAGAACUUUGCGACGAUUUAUAAGAAUAUUAUUUUUGUUUUCGACUGCACUUAAAACGGUUGGUGUUACGAGAUAUGAUAGCAGUUUUUAAACAAUGAGAAACAGUAUGUCAACUUUUGUAAACACAAAAUAAAUUUUCUUCCAAUGUAGCCCGCACCCUUGUUUUUAGGCUAACAAUUCUGUAAAAUUGUUCGGCUUAUAAUUGCGGAAAUACGGCAUGUAACACUUAAUGCUCUUAACAUGUUGAAAAUGGGUUGUUUUACCUUGCAUUGAUAAUAUUCACAUUUUUUUUUUAUCACGAGGUCAUAAUUUUGACAUUGGUUACACUGUGAAUUUCAGAGAGUUCACCCUACAAAAAUAGGUGAAAUGGAGAUCUUGCAGGAAGUAACCAAGAAAAGAAAGGCCAUCAACGAGGCAACCAAUUUGCCAAACUCCAAGAAACAAGCUUUGUUGACAUUUUCACAAAAAGGCUCUGGUGCAAGUCAGGCAACUGUGGACAGGCUGAUUUUGAACUUUGUGUGCAGUACUCUCCAACCAUUUUCUGUUGUAGAAGAUGAGUCAUUUGUGAAUCUUGUGCAAUGUUUAGCACCAGGUCGGUCUGUAAUGUGUAGGCAGACAAUGGCUGUACGCCUCAAAGAAUGUUACGAAACGCUAAAGAAGAAGCUAAUGGCGGAACUAGCUUUAGUUUCUAAUGUAGCAAUCACAGCAGAUUGCUGGAGCCAUUUUAGCCGAGCAUAUCUCGGAAUAACAGUCCACUGGAUAGACGAGGAAACUAUUCAACGUAAAUCAGCCAUGUUAACAAUCGAAAGACUUGUUGGAAGACACACCUAUGACAUCUUGGCUGCCGCCAUUCACAAGGCACUCAGAGAAUUCCAUAUACACAAUAAAGUGUUGGCUUGUGUCACUGAUAAUGGCUCCAACUUUGUAAAGGCUUUCAGCAUGUUUGGUUUACACUCGCAGACAGAUGUUAAAGAAGAUAAAGAUAAUGACGAUGAAUUAGAGAUUGUUGAUGUGUCAAGUAUUUUGGAUGAAGGUCAAAACGAGUUCCAUUACGUUCUACCUCCCCAUCAACGUUGUGCAGCACACACCUUGAACUUAGUCGCUGUAAAGGAUAGCCAAAAUGCAGAAAGUGAUCCAGCAUUCAAAAAAGUGGCCAGAUCUACAUUUGCUCGCUGUCAAGCCCUCUGGAACAAACAAAGAAGUACAGUUGCAGCUGAUUUAGUAAAGGAAAUAUUUGGAAAAUUGCUUUACACACCUUGUGCUACUAGAUGGAACAGUUUGUAUGACAGUGUAAACUGUCUCUUGUCUGUUGUUCAGCAACAUGGAGAAGACAUGCUUGAUAAGCUUGUAGAUGGUUUAGGAUUACCACGAUUUCGGCCUGCGGAAUUGGCUUUUUUGGUAGAGUAUGCUAUGGUAAUGAAACCACUGGCACUUGCCUUGAACAUACUUCAAGCGGAAAAAAACAUGUUCGCUGGUUACCUGCAGCCAACAAUAACAAGUAUUUUAAGGGAACUUGGCAAAAAGAUGAACGACAGCAGUGUUGUUUAUUGUAGACCUUUGGCCAAAGCAUUGCAUGAGGGUGUAGACAAGCGUUUCGGUUCAAUUUUGGAAGAUAAUAAAUUGACAACAGCUGCCGGCCUCAUUCCAUCACUUAAAUUUUCUUGGCUGGAAGGACAACAGAAAGAGGAAGCUGUAUCCUCCUUCAAAAAUGAAAUUGAUGCCUUCGCUAGUGGUGCAAGUUCUGCUUCUGUUAUGACAGAAGAAAAUGUGAACAGAGACGAAGAGGCAAUUUUUCUCAACAUUUUGACUACAUCAGUUUCACCUGUCUUGGAGGAAGUAAAUUCCUACUUAAUGAACAGCCAUAGCGACUUACAGUGUCUCCAACAUUACCCUAUCCUAAAAUCUGCAUUUUUAAAAUUUAACACGUCGCUGCCGUCAAGUGCUCCCGUUGAGCGUCUUUUUAGUGUUGGUAAAGAUGUUUUUGCCAUCAAGAGAGGGAAUCUAUCUGAUGAGAACUUUAAAAUGCAAUUGUUUUGUAAGGUCAAUUACAAAAUUUAAAGAGUGUUACUUUUAUUACAGGUAGUGACUUGUAUGAAGUAAUUUGAUGUUAUUGAAGCUAUUUUGUCCUAAAAUAUUAUUCAUUUAAUUAAAAAUAAUAAAUUUAAUCAUUACAUGAAA